AUGGGGUCUCUCGCCAGCCAGCAGAGAGAGUCGUUGCCAUAUGGUGCAUAUGAUGACUGGGCGGUGAUGGCCUGGAAAACCAGACCACAGUCUCGAGGGUUAAGCUUGAUCAUGAAGAUUGCCUUCGUGUUAUUAGUCGUUGCAUCUUGUACUGUACGAUUAUCUGUUGGUGAUUCAACAAUGGAUAUGAUCAAUAAGGGCAUAGAAGCUGGAAAUAAAAUAGCACAGUUGCUGGCAGAUCAAAAAAUUGAAGAUUUUGGAGCAUCUUUGGGAAAAAUUGCUGGGAAGGUGUCGAAAUAUUUAGAGGCUUUUGCACCCGUAUUAGGACUUUUUCAACUGCUACUUCCUGAUGAUAAAUAUAAUGAGAUUGAAGAAGGAUUCGCAAGGAUGGAUGCAAAAUUCGAUCAAGUAUUUAAUAGAAUUGACGACUUGGGAGACGAACAACAGAAGAUAUCACUAAAAACACAAUUUGGAGCGUAUGAAAGAAAAAUAACGCUGUUUUCCAAAAGACUUGACGAUUACUUAAAGUCAGUGGGAAAAUCAGAAAACAUAUUCUUGGAGACUUAUGAAAAUAAAACACUUGACGAUUACUUAAAGUCAGUGGGAAAAUCAGAAAACAUAUUCUUGGAGACUUAUGAAAAUAAAACGUUUGACGAAAACGUAAUGCAAUUGUAUAUGGCUAUGAUGAAAACUCACUCAGGUCCUCUUAGUGAUUCGAUUCCAGAUCUAGUACGAGAUUUUACGAACGAGAAUCGUAAAGAUACAGAGAUGGUUAUGAAGAGAAUACUUCAUUUGAUAAUUCAGGGAGCCGCAAUCGAAAUGGCCUAUUACAGCCUCACAGGUGACAAAGAAAGAUACAAUACAACAAAGCACGAUUGGGAAGAAAGAAUUUCCAAGCUGAUAGAACAUAUCAGGGAAAUAGAUGAGGAUAUGCGCUUCAACUACAUGGGGCAAGUAGAAAAGGACACUUCAGUUUUGCUAGCAAAAAUGUAUGGAAGAUCAAAUAGAGACUUUGCUGACGCAUUAUACAAAUUUCUCUCGCAGAAAUAUGAAUGGCGUGAAUGGGUAGUCGUUGUGUUUAACGACGUUCCGGAUAACAUAAUUAAAUUGGCUAAGAAUUCGUUCCAAAUAACACUUCAUGGGAAACACGUCAUCGUGGCAAGCUCCGCUAAGGACCGAAAAGCAGACAUAAGUCAUACGAGAUACAUGUUAUCAAAGAUUCCUAGUGGAUACUACUUAUAUCCAACUAUGAACAUGUUUAGCGAGUUACGAUGGCGAAACUAUGAUGUCACUGAUCUGUACAAUAGGAUUCCAAGAAGUCUCUUAAGUUUUGGAUCUGAAUAUACCGUAGGUGUAGUAACGAAAGAUGAGUCUGAUCUUGUCGUCAGAGGCCCCGACGAUAGGUACGCCAUAGUUUCUAAAGGAAGAGAUAGACCGUGGCCCUUUCCUGUCGUAAAGUCUUGGAUCUUCGCUUUAUUCACAGAUAAAGAAAUUAGACCCGAUCCAAAAGGAGAUGCAAUCGAGGCUCAAGAAGGGGAGAAGGAUGAUUGA